CUCAACUAUGGCGGACAUUUCGACUUUCAUAAAAAGACAACUUUUUCGAAGGAAUGAAACUUUUCUGCUACUUCUUCUAUUUGUUGCGUUAAUAUUCAUAUUCAAACUCAACCAGAAAGUCGGCUGUGAUGUGAAGAAUGACUCGCUUCCCCAGAAGGCCAUCAAAACAAAUGAACAGUCAAUACCAGUGGAAUUAGAAACGUUUCUAUUUAUUAUGAUUUUAACAGCUCCUAAUGGCAAAGAAAGACGAGAUGCUAUGCGGAAAACAUGGCUUUCUAAUCUAGAAACUCUUCAUUCAUCGGUAGUUCCAAGAUUUGUGAUUGGAAUAAAGGAAUUAUCUCUAGAGGACAUGAAAAAUGUGGAAGAAGAAAACACUCAACAUCGCGAUAUUAUAUUUCUUCCAGAACUUAAAGAUGCGUACAAGGACCUACCCAGCAAAGUUUUGCAAGCACUCAAAUGGAUCGAUCAGCAUGCGAAUUUUUCAUAUCUUCUUAAGGUUGAUGAUGAUAGUUUUGUACGGUUGAAUGUUAUCCUCAAUGAGCUCCAAAGCACAUAUUCAAUGAAAAGAUUGUACUGGGGUUUCUUUCGUGGAGAUGCACAUGUGAAAUUUGCAGGUCCGUGGGCUGAAAAAAAUUGGAAUCUCUGCGACAGAUACUUGCCUUAUGCGCAAGGGGGUGGUUAUGUACUUUCUAGAGAUCUGGUCAAUUUUAUUGCUCGAAACUCAGAUUUCUUGCAAAAAUUUAACAGUGAAGAUGUAUCUGUAGGAACAUGGCUGGCUCCUCUCCAAGUUAAUAGAGUCCAUGACUACAGAUUUGACACUGAAUAUCGUUCAAGAGGUUGCAAUAACCUUCACAUUGUUAGUCAUAAACAGUCUGUUUCUGAUAUGUACCAAAAACAUCGCCAAUUGCAAAAGGAUGGAAAGCUUUGUCAUCAAGAAACUCAUCUCAUGAACUCAUUCAUUUAUAAUUGGAGUGUGCCACCAACAAAAUGUUGUAAAAGAAUGGGAGGUAUACCCUGAGACUGAUUUUUGACAGGGUAAGGGACAAAAAAUAAUUUAUAGUUAUGAUUAUUAUACAAGUCAUGGCUGUCUCUAUCUCAUUCUUAGCUGGCUACAAGCUUGCAGCUGACAAUCAUUAUCUUCCUUUUUUUCACUGGUUAUCUUUACAGGCAAUAGUUUUAUUCUAUUUUUGUCAAAGUAAGGUUAAAAUAGCUUCAAAAAACAUAUAGUUUUCAACCAAUCAUGUUGCAAAAAUUCUUGGAUUCAGUUUUGGCAAGAAUUAUCAUGGCCACGGGUUGUUUUGUUCUCAUCCUUGUUCACUCUGACAGGUAUUUAUUUAUUAACUAAUGACAUUAGUAUUAUUCUGUAUUUACCAGUAAGGUUCAUAAAUUAACAAAAAUGGUAAAAUUUGCCAUAAAAAUGUUGGAAACAAGAGAU